UUAAUAUUAUGAAUAAGUUGUUGUUGCUUUCCUUAAUUAUUUCAAUUUCUUUGGCUUCUCUUGAUGAUUAGGAUCUCAUCGAGAAAUAUUCAAUCAAAAUACACUAAAGAGGUAGCCAUGCCAACUAUCCAGAGAAAGGUGACUAAGUCAAGGUGCAUUAUACAGUAAUAUUAAUUCAAUACCUAAGGGUAAAUUGCUCGAUGGCACUAAAUUCGAUAGUAGCAAGGAUAGAAAUUAACCAUUUGAAUUCAGAGUAGGAGUUGGUCAAGUUAUCAAAUGUUGGGAUGAUGUUGUUUUAAAUUUAACACUUGGUGAUAAGGUCACAGUUAUAUGCCCAUCUGCUACAGCAUAUGGAAAUAGAGGAGCAGGAAGAGUCAUUCCACCAAACUCAGAUUUAUAAUUUGAUAUUGAAAUGCUUGGAUUUAGAGAUUAAGAAUUAUGAUGAAUAAUUAUUGAUGCAAAUAAAAUAAAGAGUAUAUUUACA